AUGACGGCGGCAGACGAUGUCCAGGUCGGCGACCUGGUCAAUGUGCCCGGUGGGAUGCACGGCACCGUGAGGUUCCUGGGCUCGGUGGCAGGCAAGCCAGGCAAGUUUGCUGGCGUUGAACUUGCGCCGGAGCUGGCGGGCAGAGGGAAGAACAGCGGAGACGUGGAUGGACGACAGUACUUCACGACCUCGAUCCCGGGAUCAGGCAUAUUCGUGCCCAUGAACAACUCCAAGUACGUUACGAAGCGAGCGGUCGCACCGCAGUUGACGUCUGCGAGGGGAGGGCCGUCUAUCACGAACUUCAGCAGGUCUGUUGGGCCUGGCUUGAGCCUGGCUUCGACUACGAGACCGAGGAUCAGACGGCCCUCGCUGCCACGACCAGAAUCGCCCAGCAAGGCUCCCCUGUCUUCGCCAAAGCUGAGCAUGAGCGGCCUACGGACUCCGUCUGGCGUGUCCAAGGGAGCUCCCAUGAACGGACGGCCGCGCACACCGCUCAAGUCGAGCAGACCGCCGAGCAGGCCUUCAUCUAGGAUCAGCAUGGAGAGCACCACGCCAAAGCGAAGGGACGCCGUCCGAACGCCUGCUCUUGAGGAUUCCGAUGUGGCUGACCGGAUAAGGGAGCUGGAGACACAGCUCCGUGACCGGGAUAAACAGCUGGAGGACCAGGCAUCAACCCUUGCCGAGUUUCAGCAGUGUGUCACGGAGCUGGAGGGUCUGGAUGCGAUGCAGGUCCGGACACAGCUUCGAGAGAAGAACGAGAAGAUAUCUGCACUCACCGCGGAGUUUGACAGUCAUAGGGCGGAUUUCAGGAGCACUCUCGACACACUUGAAGUAGCUGCCUCGGAGACUGAGCGGGUAUACGAGAAGAGGAUAGAAGAGCUGCUCCAGGCAAACAGAGACCUCCAGUCACGCGGCGAAGAUGUCGAGACCGUGGCCAUGCAACUCAAACAGUUGGAGGACCUGGUAUCAGAGCUGGAAGAAGGUCUUGAAGAUGCACGACGAGGGGAGGCAGAGGCCAGAGGUGAAGUGGAAUACCUUCGAGGAGAGGUCGAGAGAACCCGUCUGGAGCUGAAGCAAGAACGGGAACGUUCAUCGUCCUCGUACCAGGACGGAGACUCGCCCAUCGACGGUCCAGGAAGACACCAUCCUACAUCCAGAGACCUGGAACAAAAGGACGAUGAGAUCCGCGGCCUCAAGGCCAUCAUCCAUUCCCUAAGUAGGGGAGACCCGACGUCUCAGGCCUUCCUACAGCAAAACGGCAUAGGACAGGGGAACAAGAGGAUGUCUGACGGAGAAUACGACGCCAACGAUCAGCUGUCCAAGAUGGAUUUACGCAUCCAAGAACUUGAGUCUGCCCUUGAACACAAGACCCAGACGAUAAGCGAACUGCAACAGGAAGUUGAAAACGGGCAAACAAACGCCUUCCGCGGCCAUAAUCGCAGUGGAACAAUAACCACGUCGCCCCUGAGGGUUCAUAAGAAUCCCCAGCCCGCCGGCGGUAGAACCAGCCCCAAUGCGCCAACCCAUACACACACUCUUUCAGACCGCACCGUCGUGCCCGGCGACUGGAAUGAGAAUUCUCCCGUCCAGGCCAACAGCGGACAAUACCCAUCCAGGACCAUCCCCAACGACUCCCACCGUCGUCUCGCCGCCAUGCAAGAACCCGACAGCCAAUCCGCCAGCACUGACGACGGAAGCGCCGCCUGGUGUGAAAUCUGCGAGACCAGCGGCCACGAUAUCCUCACCUGCACCAACAUGUUUGGCACUACAAACGCCAACAAGGCACCCGCCAGCCAUCCGGCCAUCCUCCAGGCUGCACAACAACCACCACCAGUGACGGGGCCACCGGACAGGACCAGCCUCGUCCAGACCUCAAUAGAUAGCACCCUUCACGAUAACCUCGAGAGCACCUUCUCGGCCUUCAGGCCUUCAUCAGCCACGGAGACAAACGGGUUCCCGAAAUCCGGAAGCCCCAGCUCUCAGCGAACGGGGAGAGAUGCCGUUCUUGAGGGUCUCAAGGGCAUUGGCGGCCUCCCAUCAUCGUCCAUGGCCCCAGUCGCCGGCAAGGCCUCGGGUGUGGUCGAUGAGUCGAAAUGGUGUGCUUUAUGCGAACGAGACGGCCACGAAAGUAUUGACUGCCCAUUUGACGAGUGA